AUGAGCGGGGGGCGACGCAGCGAGCGUCGCGGGGAGCUGGCGAGGGGCAGAGCGGCCACUAGGGUGCGCUGCGAGACCGGGAAUCCCCGCCGGGGCGCCCCGCCGCCGCGCCGCCCGCAGCCGCGCGCGAGCCGGGCCCUCGCCCCCCUCGAACUCGAAUCGCCGCGCCGCGCCGCGCCGCGGGCUGGGCCUCUCCAUCCACCGAGGCCGCGGAGCGCGAGGGCCCACGUCUGGCUCCGCCCGGGACGCGGGUGCGCUCGGAGCGCGGCGGGAGUCCGGCCUCGCCGCGGGUUCAAGUGCAUCCCCAGGGCUGGAGCUCGCGGCGCUGGGAGCGAGCUCUCCCCAGCGCGGCCCCCUCUCCGGAGUCCGGCCUCGGCCCACCGCUCCCGGGACCCCUCUCCCCGGCCCUCCCGGUCGCGCUGGGCCGCCGGCCUGGGUCAGAGACCCGGCCGCGGGGUCCCCAAGUCCAACGUGGAGGCUCCGCCGGGAAAAGAAGUCCGACUUCCUCUCCACGCUGCUCCGAGUGGAAUCUGGAAUCGGCAGGAAAUUGCCCGAGCACCCAGCCUGCACCUUUGCAAGUCAGCCCUCGCUCUGCUGAAGAGAAGCAGCUCCCACCAAAGUCUUGCCUCCCCCUCCCCCCGAAAGCCCCGCGCAGAUUGAAGUUCAACUGUCCUUCAGAAAAAAAUA